AUGACUUCUGAGCGUGAGAACAAGACCUUCCUCGCCCGCCUUUGCGAGCAGGCUGAGCGUUACGAUGAGAUGGUCACCUACAUGAAGGAAGUCGCCAACAUUGGUGGUGAACUCACCGUCGAUGAGCGCAACCUCCUGUCCGUCGCCUACAAGAACGUCGUUGGUACUCGCCGUGCCUCUUGGCGUAUCAUCUCCUCCAUCGAGCAGAAGGAGGAAUCCAAGGGCUCCGAGCAGCACGUCUCCAUCAUCCGCGAUUACCGCCAGAAGAUCGAGACCGAGCUGGAAAAGGUCUGCCAGGAUGUGCUGGAUGUUCUCGACCAGUCUCUCAUCCCCAAGGCUGAGACUGGCGAGUCCAAGGUCUUCUACUACAAGAUGAAGGGUGACUACCACCGUUACCUCGCGGAGUUCGCCUCUGGCAACAAGCGCAAGGUCGCUGCUACUGCCGCCCACGAGGCUUACAAGAACGCUACCGAUGUCGCCCAGACCGACCUCACCCCCACUCACCCCAUCCGUCUGGGUCUCGCCCUGAACUUCUCCGUCUUCUACUACGAGAUCCUGAACUCCCCCGACCGUGCCUGCCACCUGGCGAAGCAGGCCUUUGACGACGCCAUUGCCGAGCUCGACUCCCUUUCUGAAGAGAGCUACCGUGACAGCACCCUGAUCAUGCAGCUGCUGCGUGACAACCUCACUCUCUGGACCUCUUCCGACGGCAACGAGGCCGAGGGUGCCGCCAAGGAGGAGAAGGCCGAGGAGGAGGGUGCCGCUGCCCCUGAGGACAAGGGUGAGGAGGCCAAGCCUGCUGCUGGCGACUCCUAA